AGGGGGAACACGUUUUGACCAUGGUUGAUGUUAAUGAGGAAUUAAUGGCGUGGGUUUUCUCCAUUUCAAUUGCGUUGUUGCUGUAUCAAUCUAUGCUUUUUCAAACUGCAUCAUUCAUUGCUCAUUUUAGUGAGAGAAAGAUUUUGGGUUUUGGUUUUGGUUGGUGGGAUCACUUCAAUACUACUACUACUACGGGCAAGGAGCGGCCACCCAACACGAGAUUCUUCAACCUUUCUGAAUCCAAAUCCGACCAAUCUUUCACCUUUCAAUUUACUACUGCUUUCAUCUUCGAUCCCACAUUUCCUUUUUGCCUUCUGCCAAUUCUGUUUAUGUGAUCGGAACUGUGUUUGCUUAGACCGGUUGCAGGAGGAGGAGAAGGAGGGCAUUUGCAUCUAGGAAAACUAGGGCUUUGGGCUUUGAUACCCAUUAAAAGGUAUAAAAGUUAAAGGUUGUCUUCAUUUCUUCGAAUCCCGCUUUAUUUUGUUGUCCUGAUCGACAUUCAGUAAUGCCGUCGAUGCUUUUCCCCUUCCUGUUUUGAAAUUGCAUUGGGGUUUUUCCUUUUCCCUUGUACCUGUCAGAUUUAGCAUCGAAAAGAGGCAAUUAACAGUUGCUAAAAUCUUCAUGCAUCUUCCACUAUGGAAGCCCAUCUCGAAUUGUGCGGCCCUGAUGACGGACAAGAAGAGCAAGAGGAGAGACAGUACUUCUGGCGUAGCUGAAGAAAGUACACGGAAGCUCUCAUCUUUAAGGCAAUUGCAGGAAAGUAAGCUGAGAGAGGCUUUAGAGGAGGCAUCUGAAGAUGGAUCUUUAUUGAAGUCCCAAUCCAUAGAUUCAGAAUCGUCCUAUCAAGAGUCUAAAAUUGGCAGGUCUAGAACCCUUGCUAGGCUCCAGGCUCAGAGGGAAUUCCUCAGGUCCACUGCCCUUGCAGCUGAGAGAAAAUUCUGCAAUGCAGACUCCAUUCCCGGACUUAGUGAGGCCUUCUCCAAGUUCCUCACAAUGUACCCGAAAUUCCAAUCACUGGACAAGAUUGAUCAAUUGAGGUCAGAUGAAUACAGCCAUCUUUCUGAUUCUCUUGCAAAGGUUUGUCUUGACUAUUGUGGUUUUGGCUUAUUCUCUUACCUGCAAACCAUUCAGAAUUGGGAUUCAUGUGCUUUUAGCUUAAAGGAAAUAACUGCUAAUUUAGGCAAUCAAGCUCUCUUUGGGGGAGCUGAGAAAGGUACUGCAGAACAUGAUAUCAAGACAAGGAUUAUGGAUUACUUGAACAUUCCUGAAAAUGAAUAUGGCCUUGUUUUUACUGUUAGUCGAGGAUCUGCAUUCAAGUUACUUUCCGAAUCCUAUCCAUUUGAGACUAAUAAGAGAUUGUUAACCAUGUUCGAUCACGACAGUCAGUCUGUGAAUUGGAUGGCUCAGUGUGCCAAAGAGAAAGGCGCAAAAGUCUCAAGUGCCUGGUUUAAGUGGCCAACCUUAAAACCAUCUUCAAGAGAGCUGAAGAAGAUGUUGGCACAGAAGAAGAAGAGAAAAAAGGAUUCUGCAGUGGGGCUUUUUGUGUUUCCUGUACAGUCUAGGGUUACAGGUUCUAAGUAUUCCUACCAAUGGAUGUCCCUGGCUCAGCAGAACAAUUGGCACGUAUUGCUUGAUGCUGGAUCGUUAGGUCCAAAAGAUAUGGAUUCUCUCGGUUUGUCGCUGUUCAGGCCAGAUUUCAUAAUCACCUCCUUCUACAGGGUGUUUGGAGCCGAUCCUACUGGAUUUGGGUGUCUUUUGAUUAAGAAAUCUGCAAUGGGAGCCCUAAGAAACCAGUCAGGCCGCACUGGUUCAGGGAUGGUUAGGAUUGUACCCGAAUUUCCUCAGUAUUUAGAUGAUUCUCUAGAUGGUCUAGACGGGCUGUUGGGGCUUGAAGACAACAACUUUAUUAUAACUGGGGAUGAACAACCCGGGCCUGAAAAUCCAGGAGGAUCCGAGCUGCCUGCAUUUUCGGGCAUGUUCACUUCCUCCCAAGUUAAAGAUGUGUUUGAGUUGGAAACCGAUCAGGAUAACAGCUCAGACCGCGAUGGAGCAAGCACCAUAUUCGAGGAAGCUGGAAGUAUUUCUGUUGGAGAAAUCAUAAGAAGUCCCAUUUUCAGUGAAGACGAGUUAUCUGAUCAUAAUUCGUGCUGGAUUGACCUCGGACAGAGUCCUUUCGGUUCAGAUGUUAAUGGCCAACCGAACAAACAAAAUCCGAGUUCGCCCGUAUUGAAUUCCACCCUCUCUGGCAAAAGAAGGCCCAGUGUUGGACAAAACGACAACAUCCCUGUUCUAUCCUUCGAUGCAGCCCUUUUAUCAGUUUCCCAUGAUCAUUAUCGUGUUAGAUGCAUACCCGAAGAAGAACAGGUCACCGAAAAUAUCCCAUCAUCUUCUAGAGUCAGUCUUCAUACAUCGAGAGAGAUUGAGGAGGAGUACGAAUCGGAAGAGUCGAAUUCUGUCUCAAAUGGACUUAAAACGAAGAAUCAAGUUGAAUCUCGGCAAGACAGUGCUAUAAUAAGGAGAGAAACAGAAGGUGAAUUUAGGCUGUUAGGAAGGAGGCAAAAGAAUAUACAAGCUGAAGGAGAAAGCCAUAGGGUCUCGUUUGAUGUUGAUAGCCAUCAUAAAGAAAGUUCUACUUCCAGUCGCCAUCUGCAAACUGGGGAAGCGUCUGCAGCCAACCCCAACGACGAAUGCUCAACUGGGGAAGACGAGUAUGGAGAUGAAAGGGAAUGGGGAAAAAGUGAGCCUGAAAUCAUAUGCCGACAUAUCGAUCAUAUAAAUAUGCUUGGCCUAAACAAAACUACUUUCAGGCUCAGGUACUUGAUAAAUUGGCUGGUAACAUCUUUACUACAACUUCACUUCCCCGAUCCAAACAAAGUUAUUGGAAAGCCACUUGUACAAAUUUACGGCCCCAAGAUUAAAUAUGAAAGAGGCGGUUCGGUAGCUUUUAAUUUGAGACAGAUAACUGGAGGACUAGUUAAUCCAGAAACUGUUCAGAAGUUGGCUGAGAAAAAUGGGAUAUCUCUUGGAAUAGGGAUUCUCAGCCAUGUAAGGAUGGUAGACAGGCCGAAACAGCAAACUCUCGAAUUGGGUUUGGAAGAUCUUGAUAACAGUCAUCAUCAGAAUGGUAAAGAUUCCUUUUUCAGGGUUGAGGUUGUUACUGCAUCAUUGGGUUUUCUGACCAAUUUCGAAGAUGUUUAUCAACUGUGGGCUUUCAUAGCUAAGUUUUUGGACCCGUCUGUUCUUGAUGAAGAUCAACUACCCCAAUCUCUAGCCUAAGGGUGUUUGUUACGGACACAAAAUCAUUUUUUGAACCGAAAAAGGGAACUGAGGUAUUAUGACUAGAAUUGUUAUUGCUUCUUCUUUCAAGUGCCAUUCCAUAUAUUUUUUUUCCUUCAAUAAUAGUAAUGCUCUCCCAAGUCUUUGAACUUGUUCUUUUACUUAAAAUUUUUAAAAAAAGGAGAAGACUUCUUUGAGAUGAGGAAAUCAGGGAAGGAUAAUGUUUAUUUUGCUAAUAUGAUAUAUACAGUUAAGGAGGAUUACAAAUGUCAAUUUAUCUUGUUGUUGUUGUUG